AUGUUUCCUCUGAAAAAUUCCUGUGGUGUUAAGAACGACAGUCCGGUCACUUUAACGGAGGGUGAUGAUUCCAUCAAGGCUUUAUCAGAGAGAAAAUCAAUGGAAGCCUGUAAGAGUCACAAGGAAGCGGAAAGGAGGCGCAGGCAGCUUAUCAAUGCCCAUUUAUCCACUCUUCGUUCACUCCUCCCCAACACCGCCAAGUCGGGUAAGGCUUCGUUGCUGGCGGAGGUUGUCCAUCGCGUGAGGGAGCUAAUGAGGCAGGUGGAAGACGUAGGGCGGCGCGACUGUAACUGUUGUUGUAAUGACAGCCAACCGGAGGUCGACACGACGUGGCCGUUUCCCGGGGAUUGCGGCGAGGCGGCUUUGAACUUUUCUGACGAAGAAGAGAAGUUGUUGAAGGUGACGGUUUGCUGCGAGGAUAGGCCGGGUUUGAACCACGAUUUGAGUCGUGUGAUCAGGACGGUCCAGGCUGAGAUGACGACGGUUGGUGGGCGGACCAAAAGCGUUGUGGCGAUGCAAUGGAGCGGUGAUGAGGAGCAGAUUGGACUAUUGAAACGGGCUUUGAAAGAUGUGGUGGAGAACUGGGUUUCUAGGUUAGCCCAAGAAACCGGACUUAAACGGGCUCGAACUUUUGGGUGGGAUAGUGAACUGGUCAUGGUUUUUGGUAGGCUGAGCGAGGCAGUAUUUGGUUUCGUUGGUAAUAAAUAA